GGCGGCCGAGGCGGCGCUCCGAGCGGCGGAGGGGGCGGUGUGCGGCGAGCAGCGGCGGCGGCCCGUGGCCGGGAACACGCAGCGCCGGACCCCCGCCCGCGGGCGGGGCCCUGGAGGACGCUGAGCGCCCCCUCGCGGGGACGGGCGGUCCGGUCGCGGGGAUCGCUGCUGGGGCCUGAUUGGGCGGAGAGACAUCCUUAGGGACGCCCCCGGGGAGCCCAGUUCCCGGGGGACCGGGCCCCAGCUCAGGACUCCUGCCUCGCCUAUCACCCAGGGUUCCUUCCUUAGGGGCUUAUGUCCCUUGUCCGGGGUCAUGGAGACGUUGCGGCCACCCCGGCGGCGCCUCUGUCCGAAGAAGGGGAAGUGACCUCCGGCCUCCAGGCUCUGGCCGUGGGAGACCCCGCAGGCCCACCGGCUGCGGCCAGUAGGGGCGAGGAAGAGGGGGGAGGAGGCCGGGAGGAGGCCGAGCGUGAGGGGCCUGGGGUCGAGGAGGCGCAGGGAGAAGCCCCCAGCGCCGAGGGGGAAGAGCCAGCCCAGGCAGACCCCGAGGACUGGUGCGUGCCCUGCAGCGAUGAGGAGGUGGAGCUGCCGGCCGAUGGGCAGGUCUGGAUGCCGCCCCCCUCCGAAAUCCAACGGCUCUAUGAACUGCUGGCGGCCCAGGGCACCCUGGAGCUUCAGGCCGAGAUCCUGCCCCGCCGGCCGCCCACUCCCGAGGCUCAGAGUGAAGAGGAGAGAUCCGAUGAGGAGCCCGAGGCCAAAGAGGAGCAAGAGGAAAAGCCGCACAUGCCCACAGAAUUUGACUUUGAUGAUGAGCCCAUGACACCAAAGGACUCCCUGAUUGACCGAAGGCGCACCCCAGGAAGCUCCGCCCGGAGCCAGAAACGGGAAGCCCGCCUGGACAAAGUCCUCUCGGACAUGAAGCGACACAAGAAGCUGGAGGAGCAGAUCCUUCGUACUGGCAGGGACCUGUUCAGCCUGGACUCGGGGGACCCCAACCCCGCCAGCCCCCCACUGCGGUCCUCAGGGAGUAGUCUCUUCCCCCGGCAGCGGAAAUACUGACUGGUGCUGCCUGAGGCUGCGGCGUGUCCCUGCGGGGCCUCGGCCCUCCUGCCCUAAGCCUGGCGCUGGGAGACUUGGAGAGAGGGCAACUCCAAAGCCCCGACAGCACCCCGCCCGCGAGGGGGCGCGCCUGUGUUACGUUUUCUGUUGCACAUCUGUUUGGAGACCUGGCCUGAAAUUUCUGAAUCUAAAUAAAAAAUACAAAGUUAUCUUCUCUUAGGAGAGGGGCUGCAGCUGGAGCC